AUGAAAUCCAAUAUCCUCAAGCUCACUGUUAUAGCAACUAUCUCAGCAUUUGCUCUAGCAAAUACUGACAAGAAACUUAAAAUCAAUGCACAAGGCAAAUUUAAAUUUGUCCAAUUUACCGAUAUUCAUUUUGGUGAAAGCCCAGAGCAAGAUUUGGGUUCCUAAAACGUAAUGAGAAAAGUUUUGGAAUUAGAGAAGCCAGAUUUUGCUGUUGUUACUGGUGAUGUGGUAUCAGGAUAUAUGUGGGAUGGAAUAACUGAUGGCUGGUACGCUGAGCAAUUCAAAACCUUUGUCAAACCUUUAUAUGAGCACAACAUGAACUGGGCUUUAACUGCUGGCAACCAUGAUACUCAAGGUGACCUCAAUAGAGAAUAGGUCUCUGAACUUGAUAGAACCUAUAAUCUCAGUAUGACAAAGCCUAAUGCUCCAAACAUAUCUCAUGCCUUCAAUUAUAUGCUCCCAGUUUAUGAUUAAUCUGGUUAAAAUAUCUCCUUCCGUCUCUGGUUUAUCGAUUCUGGAGAAGAUUAAGAUUGUAUGGGAGUAGGUGGGUAUGAUUGUGUUAGACCAGACUAAAUUGAAUGGUUUAGACAAUAAAACAAGGCCAUUCCUGAGUCAGAUCCAACCAAGGGUAAAGGAUUCCUAUUUGUUCAUAUUCCUCUUUCUGAAUAUAUUAACCUCUACAAUAAUGAUUAAUUCUAUGGAAAGAGAUAAGAGGACAUUUGUUGCUGGGCUGUAAAUACAGGACUCUUUGGAGCCUUAAAAGAACAAAAAACUGUUGAAUGGGUUACCGUUGGCCAUGAUCAUAAUAAUGACUACUAUGGAAAUUAUGAUGGUAUUAACCUUGCAUAUGGAAGAAAGACUGGAUAUGCAUGCUAUGGUCCAGAUAAUAUGCAAAGAGGUGCAAGAGUUUUUGAAGUCACACUUAAUCCAUACAAAAUUGAAACUUGGGUAAGACAAGAAGAUGGAACAAUUCACAAGGAAUUAACACCAAACUCCAAGCCAGCAAACAUCAUUCCUCAAACUAAAUGUGGUGGUGCUUUGCAAAAGGCAAACAAUAUUAAUGAGCAUGAUGUUGAGUUGAGAUAUCUUAGAGAGUACUAUUUAAAGAGAGCUGAUCUCUAACAUCUAAUUCCUCAAGCUCUUAAAGAUGAGGUUAUUCAAUGA